AUGAGUCACCAAGCAGUCGCAAACAGCCGUGUGGCGAGUGCCUGGUCUGCGGGAGAGCACGAGAGUGCUGUACCCCAGAAAACGUCUGUUGACGCAUCAGCACGAACCGACGAGGCUUCCAGGGACCUGGCUUAUCAGUUUCUUAGAACGAACCGCACCGCUCGCCGUGUGGUGUUCGUCGACGACGAUUACUCCGUCACACCCACCAGAUGCGCGUCAUCAAGAGAUCGCGUCACCUUCUCCUUCGAAUCUACUCGGCCCGAAAGCCGGCGUCACUCGUCCUUCGAGCUGGGGACAACCUCGGGCCUGGCGUACCGCGUCAAAGAACAGCCCAACAAUCCGAGGAAGCAUCAGCGGGGGAGCCCUUCGCUCGAUGACGUGGAAGAACAGAUGGAUUCUACGGAGGAGAGGCACUGCAAGAGGGUUUCGGGCGACUCGGGCUAUGGCUCCGACUCACGGCGUCGACGCCGCGAGCAAAGACGAGCUGAUUCCGAUGCGCAGAGAGUCAACAUUGAGAUGCUCUCCAACAAGUCCAAGGUGGUUGUCACGAGCUGCCCGGCAUCCGACUCCGACAGCGACGAGACCUUGGGCAUCCCUAGACGGCCCAGGAGACGCCUCCGACGGCACAGCUUGGCAGCAGCCACCGAGACCAUCAGCGAUGCGACAUCGGUGGCACCAAAUGAGCACCAGCAAUCAGUCGUGGAGACUACUGGUCUGACACGUUCUCCAUCCCAUUCGCCCAAAGGAUUACGACGAGUCAAAGGGACAACUACUUUGCGGCCAGAGAUCGAUCCUCAGCCUCGGCCACCGAGGCCGGGGAUCAAGACCACGACCGAACCCAACACCUGUGUUUCGAACAGCCCUCAAGCCCGCAUACCAAGCCUCCUCCUCAAGACCUCGACGUGGUCUCCUACCAGCCAAGGCACAGCUCGACCCAUGGUCCAGAGACAGCCGCGGCCGGUAUCUGGACCGCCCGCAUUGCCCGUAAACGGGCAUUCAACGGCCGUGCCGAAACUGGUGUUCUCGUCCGUCGAAGAGCAGUACGAAGUGUUCAACGAAAGCGGCGAUGAGUCCUCUGUGGAAUCCGGCAUGUUCUCGGUACCGAAUUCCCCGAUUGAGCCCUUUCAACUUGAUGACGAUGAUCCGUUCGUGCCGCACUUGGAUGCUGUCGUCACCUUCGCGUUCGACCGUUUCAGAGACUGGCAAGCCCGGCAAAGGGGGCAAAGUGGAAUGCAGGAAGGACGAAGUCAGGCUCGACGGGUCAGCUUCAACACGAAUGACUCUGGCCGCUCUUCGAGAAAGCGAUCGCACUCCGGCCUCCCCGAUGACCCUGCUUCAGACGACGACAUCCAGCUGGUUCCAGGACACAAGAGGCCGAAGGUCCCCGCGCCUCCUGCGAGGACGCUCGCCUGUCCCUUCUGGAAGAAAGACCCCGAAAACCACCGGCAGUGCUACAAGAAGGUCCUCAGCAAGAUCAAAUACGUCAAGACCCAUCUGUACCGCUUCCAUGCCGCCCCGAUCACCUGCCCCUGUUGCGGUGCCGAGUUCCAGAGCGAGGAUGUGCGAGACGAGCACCUGCGGGCCAGGCGCUGCGAGGUCGUGGAGCCGGUCUGCAUCGCGAACCGCGGGGGCUUGGCUCCCGGGCGGAUGAGGCAGGUCUCGAAACGAGCGGAUCCGAGGCACACCGAAGAGGAGCAGUGGUUCGUGAUUUGGGACACCAUCUUCCCCAACACCCCGCGUCCCUCCUCGGCCUACAUCGACGGCGUCCUCUCCGAAGACGUCUGCAGCUUCCACGAAUUCCUCGCCAACUCUGGCAACGACAUUGUCGUCGGCUACUUCAGCGCCCACGACCCCGACUUCGCACGCGGAGACAGGGCAAGCCUGUACGAACGCUUCGUCAGGGACGGGGUGCUCGAGAGGAUCUACGAGGAGUGGGCCGCCCGGAGGGGCCUGCGGCAGCCGCCCCACGACGCAAUCGACCUCACGCCGCCGCAGUCGGAUCCCACCGAGUCCGAGAACCCGAGCCGCGCGUCCUCGGCGCACGGGAACUCGUUCUCACAAGGACCCUCGCAGACGCGCCCGGCGGAGGACAUCCAGCCCGUGCCGGCGACCGACCUGCAGUUCGCCGGCCAGGGGUUCGGGGAGUUCGACUUCGGGAUCGGCUUGCGCUACGACUCGCGCGAGCAGGACCUUCUCCUCGACGACCUCGAGAGUAUGUUUUCCGGCGCGGACCAGCAGCACGGCUGGGGAGGCCCCUCGGCGACGUCGUCCAUGAAGUAG